CUAUUAGAAUUCCUUAAAACUAUUAAUCAAAAAUUCAUUUUACUUCUGUUAUUAUUUUCUUACAAUAUUUAAACUUACAUGACAUGUGUGCCAAAACAGAGAUGCACUUCCAUAACAUGAAAUUUCUGUACUCACAUUUUUCAAACUCUGAAUUAACUCUCCAUUAUCGUUUUAUUAAAAGAAAAUAUCUGAACAUUUGAAUAUGAUAGUAAGAUUAUUAAGAUUUUAGAUAUAGAAACCUUUUUCUGAAAAACUUUAUAUAAUUAUUACUCUUUUUCAAAUCUUAAUAAAAAAAAACACUAAUAUCUCGCCAUCCCACAUAUAGAAAGUGCCAAACAUACACGAAAAGGAACACAAAAGAUAAAUAAUGAACUUACUAGGAUGUCUUUUUCGACAGGUAAGAAUUAAUUUAGCUAGUACGAAAAAGAAUAAAAUGGAAAACAAAAUGUGAGGGCAUAGCAAUAGACCGCUCGGAUCUUCUUUGUCACAACUUGUCUGCCGAAGUCGCUUUGACCAAUGCACCAUCUAAUUAGUCUCACCAAUACUAUUAAUUACCUACAUAAAUAGCCAUUAUAAACAUUUAAUAUACGAUUAGUGGCCAUUUAUCUCUUCUAUGCUAGUUUUGGAGGAUAUGUCACGUGCAAACUUUCUAUUAGUACGAUAAUUAAAAUAAAACAAGCAUUAAAGUUUCAACUCUAUAUAGUUUGAUAUGCGUCGUUCGUUUAUUUUUAUGCAGCUGAAAUGUAUAAAUAAGCAGGUUUGGUUUUAUAUAUUUGGAUCAAAUGAGAAACGUCUGGCCACGAACGCUACAUGUCAUUCCCAUGUUACAUACUGGCAUUGUAAGAAAAGAGUAACAAAGUAUUCUACUAUCGAGUUCACGUGUUGCGAACUUGAAAAGAACGCUCGAGUGUGCCUAAAUAACGCCGACUUAUCCAUUAGCUUGUAUACAAGUUACUUCGUCCACAUAGUGAACUGAUAACGACAAAACAAGAGCCAACAUUAUUAGACCAACCUAAGAUUUGAAAAUUAAUAGGCACAAGAAGUAGGAGACGAUGAUAAUAAGUUAAAAUAAGAUAUACUCCGUACCUGUUGAAGAUAGGACCAAACAAUUGAAUAAAAUUAAACAAUGAAAUAUAGAGGACAUCACACAUGGAGAGAUAUAGUCAUAUAGAUGCAUGUGUAUAAAUCAAGUCGAUACUUCACCCACAGCUUCUGUCUAAAUCUAUCUCCACACAGCAGUUCAAACUCAAGAACCUAAAAAAAAGGAGUUGCUUUCUUUUAUAAACACAAUAAAUAGAAGGAAAAUGUUGGGUUCAUCAGAAUGGAGUAGUGGAUGCGAGUCAGGAUGGACUUUGUACUUAGACCAUUCUGUUUCUUCUUUUCCAAGUUCUUCUUGUUUCCGAGACAUUAAUGGGUUUGAAAACAGAAGAAGAAGCAAAGAUUCUUGGAGUCAAAACUACGUGCAUCAAGAAGAAGAUGAAGAAGAAGAUUUGUCGAUGAUGUCAGAUGCAUCUUCUGGCCCAAGGAAUGUUUGCGAGGAAGAUUCUGUGAAAAAGUUAAACAGUGUUGGUCCCAAGAAACAGAACAAGAGUGAAAAGAAAAGAAGAGAUUAUGAGAAAAUGAACUCGGUUCUUGAUGAUACUGCUAGUUCUCAUAUGUUGCAGAAAAGUGUGGGUGGUAAUAAGAUAGAGCAAACCUUUCCAGAGAGUACAUUGGAUUAUUCGCAAGGCUUCUCGGCAACUCACAUUCAGGUUACUCCCUCUCUCUUUUCUGCUCUCAGUGAGAUUCUGUUGAGUACACGUGACUUGUCUCAAGAGACUCACUAUGUGUGUUUGUUUAUCAACAAGUAGGACAAAGCAGCAUUCCAAGAACAAUAUGGUUAUUUGCAAAUGGAAACAAGAUACUAGAUAACCAGUUAAGUAAAAUAUAUACUAUUAUAUAGAUAUUAACUACUUGUUUACUCUUACUUUACCAAGUGUGUGUAUAUAUUCAACUCUGACUUAAACGUCAUUCUUAAUUAGCAGGUGGUUUUUAUUUAUGAAGAGCAGCUAUUUUAGACAAUUUGGAAGCUUGUAUGGAUUCAAGUAAGAAAUGAAGGGCUAAAGCAAAAAAAGUGUCAUAGAAGAAACCAAAAUGAAGAGAUAGGACCAAAGAAGGUUCUCAAAUCUCCAAUAGUUCUGAAUCUUUUUUUUUUCUGUUUUCUUUUUUUUGCAAUUUCGCCACAAACGAACUUUUCCUUUUUCUGUAGUUUCCCUUAGACCAUCAGCAUUGGUGAACCUCAGUUCUCGAUUCCCAGUGCUCCUAUUAUUAUUAUUUUAAUUUCA